CACAGUGUGGCGGUGGAGCCAGCAGCAAUGGGAGGCCAUACAGCAACCUAUGACAAAAUGGAAACCAGCAGGAGUGUGAGGAGACCUGAAAGUGGCACAUGGCAGAGUGGGAGCAAUGGGAGGCGGUACAGGGACCCAGGUCACACUGUGGGCCCAGCAGCAGCGUGACCAGGCGGUACGGGGGCCCAUGGCCGAUUUGGGGCCUGCAUGAGGAGUCGGUACGGGGGCCCAUGGCAGAUUACGUGCCUGGCAGCAGCAAUGGGAGGCCCGUAAUCUGCCAGCACCCUAUGUCAAAAAAUUGAACACACCAGCAGUGUGAGGAGACCUCAAAGUGGCACAU